AUGAUCCUGAUAAACAGGAAGCAAGCUGCCCAGAAGGGCUUUGGUUUGCAAACCAGGUCUGUCUCCUUAUAUGUCUCAUACUCAUUUCCCUUGACUUAUCUUGCAAAGACGGCUAGUAAUGCCUGCGCAAGCGUCGCACUCCUGAACAUUGUAAACAAUAUCGAAGGAGUUGACCUUGGGGAAAAUCUACGACAUUUCAGAGAAUUCACAAUGCCGUUCACACCAGCGUUGAGAGGUGACGCCAUCAACAACUUUGAAUUCGUAAAAAGGAUACACAACUCGUUUGCAAGAAAAAUGGACAUACUGAACUCAGAUCUACAGCUGAAGGUGGAGGCGACAUCCAAACGUUCUCGAUCGGGCAAGGACAGGCAUGAUGAGUUUGAGACUGACGCUGGAUUCCAUUUUAUCGCGUUUGUCCCGGCGCUGGGCAAAGUCUGGAAGUUUGACGGCUUGGAGCGUCAGCCCCAAGCUCUCGUACGACCCAACAUCCUCACCAGGAUGGCGGAGUACGAAGAGGAUCAAAUUGAGUUCUCCAUUCUCAGCGUGGCUAAGGAUCCGCUUGUUGAGCUCGAAGAUAAGCUGGCAAUCAACGUCAAAUGUUUGGAAGCAGUCAACCGCUGGUUGGCUUCCCGCGAGCAGGCCGAGGGAACCUGUCCGGGGCCCGAAAAUCCCGUGUCUCUGCUCGAAAACACAAUACUGGGACCCGACAGCUCCUUUAACUUAACGAGGCAUCGCAUCGACGCUGUGACCAUCCCACCAGAGCGCGAAGUACAAUAUGCGAAAGCCUCUGCGGAGGAACUGAGGCAGCAUCGAUACUGGCUCAGCAACGAGCAGCGGGAGCUUCGAGCAUCUAUUUUGGAAGAACAACAGUCCCACUGGGCGGACGAUAACUAUGCAACCGGACGGCGGUACGACUAUGGUCCAGCAGUGAGAGCGUGGAUUCGGUUUUUAGCGCGCAAAAGGGUCAUAGAGAGCUUAACUAGAUGA